AUGAUCCGUGACCAGAUAUAUAGGGCCGAGAGGCGGCGGAUUGAAAGGCAAAAGGGUCAUAAUCGUCUUGCAUCGGAGUCAAACUACCCACCAAUUACCAUUACAAACGUCCUUCCCGCACAGACCACGCAGCAGGCUAUCCCAUCAUCGCCACCCUCCUCGGAAGGAAUGUCCACCUCUUCAGCCAGUGCCUCGCGACUAAAUAUAGCAGGCUUUCGUGAUGCCAACGUUCAAGCAUACUGUGAUUGGCAACAAUCACAAGUUGGGCGUGCAUCAUGGAAGGUCGAGUUUCAAAAAGCGUGUGAUGUGGCUCUUGAUGACGGUUUAGACCUGGACCAGAUUGAUGAACUGAGGGACCCUGAAUACUUCAAGAAUCGGGGUGUGAAAUGGGGUAUUGCCCGCCGAUUCGUCAGGGAUAUUCGGUAUUGGGCUGAGAAGCGUAAUUGUAAUGUGGAUGGGUGA